UGAAAUUAAUUAUUAAACUCGAACUCAAAUAAUCAAGAUAUGAAAUCAAAGUAUCGAACACCAAAGAAUAAUUAAGGGGGGCUUAGUGGGCUAGCUAACUUGGUGGAAAAGUCCUCUGGUUUUGAGUUUUUUUGCACCAGUAUGUUUUUAAUUUUGAAAAAUGCAAUAAAUUUAUUUAGUUUAAUUGCUUAUUAAUUUUUGUCUUUGUUUGAAUUUGAAGAGACCAUAUCACCAUGAUUCAAAUUCCAACAAUGAUGUAUUUUUUUAAAUAAGAAAUAAAUAACUGUAAUGACGGAUGUACCUUCCUAUUUUCACUCUGCAAGUAUUUUGAAAUGAAAGAAAAUAGAUGGUUGAAUCCAAAUUAUACACGCUGUAGAUUGUCGAUGCAUAUUAGUUCGAGUAACAAGUCUGUUAAAUACCAAAAUUUGGUGGGUGUUUUGCUACAUAUCCUAAAGUUUGCUGACCAUUUCGUUAAUUCACCGGAGCAGAAGUCGUAGUAAUUAAGCGUCAUUGCUCAUUUCGCCCAGCGCAGAAAAACAGCGAAACCCAAAUUUUGAAUUGAAUCCCGUCCCCCCUGCCCCGGUAGCGGUCAGUAGGGUUUCUCUCAACUUCGCCAUCUCUUCUCACAAAGAGCUCUCUUCCUCCUUCACUCUCUUGUGGUUGUGGUGGCAAAAUCUCCGGCGAAAUUACAGGUACUCUCUCUCUGUCUCCCCUCCUUCGCUCUCUUGAAGUUCCGAUUUGAUAUGCUUAGUCCUGAGAUGGCGAUGAAUCAGCUAACCGAGAAAAUUCUGCGUACGGAGAUUUUUUUCCCCCCUUUCUUCGGUUCAAAGCGCCUAGUCGUGAAUUCUUAGGUUGGUUGAAAUUAACUGGGAAGCAGAGCGAAAUUGAGCGAUACGGUGUUUGCUUGGCUCCGUGGGCUAAUCCGAUUCUGGAAUGGUGGUAGCCUUGUCUAAGUAGUGAAACUUUUUUUAGAACCCGUAGGCUUCGUAACGCUGGAAUUUUCCAUCCUGUUUUUUCCAGUUGGUUAAGUAGCGUUUGUGAGUACCGAGCAGGCUCUUGCAAUAAGUCUGGCUGUAAUUUGAGUUAUUUAGGGAUCAUGGAGUGCUGGUUGUUUGAUUGUUGUUUUUUUUUUUCCAGGCAGGAAUCAAAGAGUUCUUGAAUCAUUACAGGAUGAGCAGUCUUGUGCAUAACAAAACUCCCAGGUCCUCGGGGAGGCAGUCAUUGUUUUUCAAAGAUUUGGCAUCUCCAAUCUCUGCUCACAAAGGCAAGUUCUCAAGUCCUGGACAGCAAGCUGCAGUUUCUGCAUUAUGGCGCGAGAAUUUUGGGGCUUCGGAUCUUCCACCUCCUCCCAUGUUCACCUUGGAGGAUCGUUCAGAUUUCUCUCCUGAGUUUGGUAUUCCAGAUUACCCUUUAUCUCCAGAAGCCAAAUCAGACCCUAGAACUCCAUCUCAAAGUUUUGGGAGGGAACUGAUGACCCCAGCAAAAGGAAAAUCAGAGGCUAGCACUUCAUUUGCUUUGAUGAGUGGACUAAAAGCUCAACAGGGUUCUGGAAGUUCAACUUGGUGGUCACCGGCAAAGGCUGCAAGCAGUGAUCAUGAAGAUAAGGGAAAGAAUUCUCCAGUUGAAGGUGUGGUUCAAAGUAAUGCCUUGAUUACCCUUCCUCCACCCAGGGAAGUUGCAAGGCCAGAAAUUCAGAGGAACCACCUUCCUACUGGAAACAUGGACGAGGAAGAAUGGGUUACUGUUUAUGGAUUUCCUCCUGGUGAGACAAACUUGGUGUUGCGGGAGUUUGAGAAAUGUGGUGUCAUAUUGAAGCAUGUUCCUGGUCCGGGGAAUGCCAACUGGAUGCACAUUCUCUAUCAGAGCCGGUCUGAUGCACAUAAAGCUUUAAGCAAGAAUGGGAUGCAGAUCAAUGGUGUACUAAUCAUCGGUGUGAAGCCAGUGGAUCCAAUACAACGCGAAGCUUUGAGUGAAAGACUUAACAACAAUCAGGGAUUCAUGACCAUACCCCCAGCACCGACAUCCAGUAGAACAACCGAGUUCAAUGCAUUGAGGCCAUCUUCCCGUCCGUAUUAUCUGCAGAACGGCAGCACAAGUGCUCGACAAACAGGAGGUACCAUUGCUUCCCCAAACAAGUCGCUGGUCUCCAAAGUUUUUGAUGUAAUGUUUGGCAUUUAAAGCUUCCGAUGAAGUUGUUGUAGUUGGUUGUGUUACUUGUGACUUGUGAGCUAUAUUCGGUCACUUGGGAUCGUAGUAGUAGCUUUGUUCUUCUUUUUGAAUUCUGGUUGUUUGUGCUCCUUGUUGGAGUUGUACACGAGUCAGCGGGAUGAACUUAGGCCGUGAGAAUGAGGCAUGAGAUUGGGUGCAUUCUUGAUUCUAGCCUCAACACCUUUUAGGUUGCGUCUUUUUUCCAUUAGAUUUUAACCCAAUGCGGAAAGCUUUAUGUUGUACUGGUGGAGCCUUUUGCCUCUGGAAUUUGUAUGAAACGUAUCUCUGUAAAUCAUGAGAUGUUUCGAAGGGCUAUCCGUAUAUUUGCCAAAUCUUCUUCAAAUUGUAAUUGGUAAUUUUGACCUUGGACUAUGGCAAUGUAAUCGGGUACAUUUGUAUAUUAAUUUUUGCGUUCCAAAUUCGUCAAACCAUGAUUGAAUUGUGCCUUACACUCUUACUAGAUGGCAAAUUACCCACCCAUGGGUAAUUAUACCCAAACCCAAGUAGACCCAUUGAUAAUGGGUUGGGUAUGGGUGAAGUGCAUAUGGAUUUGGGGGUUUAUAGAUGAGUUUGGGUUUGGGGCUUCCAUAAUCCAAUUGGGUAUGGGUUGGAUAUGGAUAUCCAUUUACUUGAGGGUGUUUUAACUACACAUGCAAAAAUUGGACCUAUUUGCAAAACUUGAAAAGUUUAGGUACCAAAAUGUAAGACCAAAAAAAUUUAGGUACCAAAACGUAAUUUUCCAUCGAUAUUUUGAGGACUUAUAUGCAAAAAAAAUUAAUUUUAGAUACUAAAUAUGCAUGUCUAUUAAGUUUGGGUACCAAACUGUAAUUUUGAUUUGGGCAUGGGUAUAAACCCAAAUCCAUUUGAUAUAAACCCAACUCAACCCAAAGUAAAUGGGUAUGGGUACAAACCCAUCAAACUCUACCCAUAUCCAUCUAUUUGGAUUUCAUACCCAACCCAAUUGGGUUGGAUAGUAAGAAACCCAUGGGUAUGGGCAAAGUUACCAUCCCUACUAACCUGAAUGAAAUGUUUAUAUUUUG